UAGAGGAAACACGGUCUUAGCACAAAAUAAUAAGAGAAUUACGGCCUUAAGUUUCAAAAUUGAUAUUUGUCUUUUCAUCUUCAAUUAUUCUAUUUCUAACCUUUCUAAUUUCAAUUUUUAUACUUUUAAAAAUAGAAAAAUACGAUUGUAAUCUCUAAGAGAUUUGACGAGAUUCUCGGCUUUUUUUUCUCCAUUCAAAUUAUGAUUUUCUUUUCUUUCAAAUUUCAUAUUUCAAUAUGUUUUCAGAAUUUGAAUUCAUUCACAGUUUGUUUUUGUUGUUGGUGGUGUAAUGGAGUCAUCGGAAUCAGAAUUGGAAAUUGCGGCGGUUGUUGUAGAUGAUGCAGCGGUUGUUGUUGAUGAUUAUGAAGGAAAAAGAGAAAAAUUCUCCAUGGAUCAUAGAUGAUGCGGCGGCGUAGAUCAUCAUCGCCAUCGACCAAAAUCAGUUGCUGCUCAGCGGCGUGGAUCAUCGAAGAGCAGCGGCGGCAUGGAUCAUCAUCGCCAUCGACCAAAAUCAAUCACUGCUCUCUUUUAUUUUCCAAUCAGUCGCUGCUCUGCAAUGGAGGUGAAGUUGGCGCGUUGUUUCUAUGGAGGCGGAGACGGCGCUAUGUUAUUGAACGGAGUGAGUUCGACGGAGAAAAAAAGACGGAAGAGGAAGAGCUUCUGGUGUGGUGGUGGUGGUGGCUUUUGUUUACCGCUGCAGCUAUGAAGAUUGAUAUAAACAUUGACAGCGACGAGGAGUUUGAACCAAAACCAAAAUUGAAGACUGGUAGAUUGAAGAAAAACUUUGAAUAGAUUGUAAUAUAGUUG